GAGCGGAAGUCGCGUGACCCCGGAAGUGAGACCCGCGGGCGGCGGCCGACGACAUUCGUCACUCGGUGCGGGAGGGAGUGAGACCCGCGCGGCCGACCCUCCGGUGUCACAGACCCAGGCUACAGGUGAGCAUGGCCGAGCAGGAGCCCACAGCUGAGCAGCUAGCACAGAUUGCAGCUGAGAAUGAGGAGGAUGAACACUCGGUCAACUAUAAGCCUCCAGCCCAGAAGAGCAUCCAGGAGAUCCAGGAGCUGGACAAGGAUGACGAGAGCCUGCGCAAGUACAAGGAGGCCUUGCUGGGCCGUGUAGCCGUCACUGCAGACCCCAACGUCCCCAAUGUCAUUGUGACUCGCCUGACCUUGGUGUGCUGCUCAGCCCCAGGCCCCCUGGAGCUGGACCUGACAGGUGACCUGGAGUGCUUCAAGAAGCAGUCCUUUGUGCUGAAGGAGGGUGUGGAGUACCAGAUAAAAAUCUCAUUCCAGGUGAACAGAGAGAUCGUGUCCGGCAUGAAGUAUAUCCAGCACACGUACAGGAAAGGCGUGAAGAUCGACAAAACUGACUACAUGGUGGGGAGCUACGGGCCUCGUGCGGAAGAGUACGAGUUCCUAACGCCAGUUGAGGAGGCACCCAAGGGCAUGCUGGCUCGAGGAAGCUACAACAUCAAGUCCCGCUUCACAGACGACGACAAGACUGACCACCUAUCCUGGGAGUGGAAUCUUACCAUCAAAAAGGAGUGGAAGGACUGAGCCCCUGCCUGGGAGGCGGGCAGGGCGGACGGACGUGCCCCAUCCCUUCCCAGCCCCUCCCCACCCCAUACCAAAGUGCUGACAGGGCCUUUCCCCCGGCCGUCAUUUCCACCCUGGUCUGUCUCCUGGCCUGGCCUGGCGGAGCUCCUCCGACCGGUUCCCCCUCAGCCCUUCAGCCCACAGGCCCCCAACCUCCUCGGUGGUCUAGUGUCUUGUUGCUGCUUUUGCCUGUGCUGGGGGAAGAGAGGCUCCAGGUCCAGCCUCUGCUGCCCUCUCUGUGUCCCUCCAGGUCCCCUCUACUUGUCUAGCCUGAGAUCCUGGCUCUCAGAGGGAGCAGAACAUCAUGCAGGGUCUCACGGGCAUGUAGAUCCUCCUAUCUGGGGUGGAACAGGGUGCACAGUGCAGGGCCUCCUGGGCCAACCCCAAGCUCCCAACCAGCUCCUCCAUCGUCAGUCCCGUCUAACCAUGAUGCCUUAACACGUGGAAUGUGCUGUAGGGCUGCACUAACCUCUAAGCCCUGUGUCUGCAUGAGCAUGUGGUCUCCCUGUCCUUGCCUUGUUUGUGAUCCUGGUGGCCUGGGGAGUACUAGGUGUGUUGCUGUUACUUCCCAGCCUCUCCCCCUCCCCCAGCCAGGGCUGCUGGGACGGCUCCAGCCACUUAAAAAAGGCCAAAUUGCCAAAACUCAAGUAGCCUCCAUUCCCACCUGGGAGGCUGAGUGUCCUUAUGCCUCUGCCUUCUCUGUGCCAGUGGGCUGCUCAGAGCCCUUCCUCCACAGAGAGCCCAGACAAAGCCCAUGGCCCAGCCUUAUCAUCACACCUGGGCCCUGUCAGCCUGGAAUUGUUGUGUGCCUGGCCUGUCAGUAUUUAUUGCCUCCAAACGUGCCGUCCUCUGGCCCAGCUGGCUUGCCACCUGUGCCCCCAGGCUCUCAGUGCUACCACCCCUGGGCAGGCCCUCCCUGGACCCAGCCAGGACAACCGGGACCAAGCACACACAGUUGGGAGCCAUCUCCUGUGCCUCCCCACCCUGCCCCGGUCUUUGUGCAGCCUCUGCCAGGCCCAGGCAUCCACAGGCAGCGGUGCCUGUCCCUGCUUCUCCUUUUCUGACCGGGAAAUAAAUGCCCCUGAAGGAGCCA